UUAUCAUCCAACUCAAGUGAACUUUGACCAAACAAGUUUACUGUGUGGUAUAAGAAGUAACUUUGUAGCCGUGAGAAAAGCCGUUUAAUGUCUGUUAUUCUGGUUGGAUGGAUAUUUUCUGUUUAUAUGAAAGCCCGUGGAUGAAUAAACGAGGGCUUUACAACAUCUGGGCAAGAUGAGGCAGAACAUGUUUCAGGAGGGAUUGUACCAAGUAUUUUUUAAGGAGACCCCCUCACCAUCCCCACAAACUGAGGUCACCAAUAACGGGGAGCUAAGCAAUGCCAGGAUUCAUCGUUGGUUCGGUGCUGUGGUUAAUACUAGACUUUUAGUCAGUGGGGUCAUUCAAAUCCUCAGUGCCUUAGCUUGCAUACUAACCACAGUCACUCACGCAUGUGUGAGCUACAGCUGUGCUAUCACCAUGACAACACCAGCAUGGUCAAGCAUAUUUUAUGUGGCUGCUGGGUGUCUUGCAAUAGAGGUUCAAAGAAAAGCGAAUAAACCGAAGAUCAUCGCUCUGAUGGGUGUGAACGUCUUUAGUCUCGUGUUUGGAUUCUCAGCUUUGCUGGCCAACGGUAUCAGAGCUGCACAAGCCGUUACACUCACUUACCAACAGCGUGCUGGUUCUUAUGUUGCAAGGGCGAGCACCAUAGUGUUCACCGUACAUUGCUUCCUGGCAUCACUCUACAUACUUUUCCUGUCCUGGAGGGGUCUGCGCCGCUACAGUUCUCCCCAUUUUCAGGUUUACAGUCGCGUCUCACAGGAUCCAGAUGAAACCAAUGGGCCUCUCCUGGAACAAGUGGAAUUUAAUAUGUGAAAGAUCUGAAAUCUCAUUGCAAGCAUUGUUACUGUUGUUAAAUUGUUUGUUUGAUCUGAAUAUAUUAAUGUUGUAAAUCUGUUAAAGGCCUAUCCUCCAGACAACCAUUCACCCUCACACUCACAUCUCAGAACAGUUCCUAAAAACAUCAGUUAUUCUAACAUGGAUGUCUUUGGACGGUGAGAGGAAGCUGGAUUACCAGGAGAGAGCUGACAUAGACACAGGCCUCCACAGAGACUUCAGACUGGCUGGUGGAGUCAAACCCAGGACCCUCUUAUUGUCAAAAACUUGACAGUGGAAAUUGCUGUCAUAUAUAAAUAUGUCAAUAAAAUUUGGUCUUUUUUACUUUAUUUUUUGUAAAUCAAAGGCUAUAACGGUUAAAACUGCUGCCAUGGUUGUGUUUCUUCAUUUACUUCGAUGUUAUUCUGCAGAGGACUCUAGGGGGCGAUGCUGCCACAGAUUUUUCACAUCGUAAACCAGUGUGAUAUUUUACUCCACUGCAGUAGUUAAGCGUAAACCUGGAUAAUGAAUUUCAUUUUAUUAUUUAAGUUUUCCGGUCAUUUUCUUUUUCAGCACUCAGGACCUUCAGGGCUGAGAAGCCAGAGUGAUCUAAUGAAAAUGCAUCUUCUUCAGUUGUAAUCUAUCCAUCGCUGACUGUAAAUAAAUGUUCCUG